AUGGAACUGGAGGAUCGAGAGUCUGAUUUCGGUCAAGGUUGUCUGCAACGCGAUGGAGAUCGUUGCGUGGUAACCAACACCCUAUCAUCUGAGAAGAGAAAAAAACUUGAACCCGCAAACAUCUUACCCUGGUCAUUUCCAUGUUACAGCGCUUCGAGGAAAGACAUGAUUACCUCGAACCUAUGGACAACCCUCUUCCAAUGUUUCCCUGAGAUCCGGUCAGUUGUGCAAAGCGACAAAAUCAACGAAAUCCAGAAUGGUCUCACGCUCCUCAGCUCUAUCCAUCGCCCAUUCAGUGAUUUCCAAUGUGCAUUUGAACCGAUUACCGAUACUCCACAUACAUACAAGUUUGUUACUUUCGAAGGUUUUCCGGCUGAAACGAAAGCAUCCCUCCGCAACCUCCCCCAACAGAUCAAUUUUGUAACUGGAUCCCCGCCUACACCAGAAGAUCGACUUCCACACCCAGUCUUAUUGGAUUGCCACUAUCGACUUGCGAACAUCUUCCACGCCAGUGGAAUGACCGAGGCUAUGGGUAAAACUCUUCGCCGUGCAAAGAAAAUCAAGGCUGGCUCACUCUUAGAGCAUGAUGGCACCACUGAUCUAGCGUCUGCGCUUUACUACGCAAUAUGGCAAACUGUUGCAAUUUAA